GUUUUGUCAGAAAACGAAAAAGAUAAGAUCGGAGCUAAAUUGGGAGAAAAAUGAAAAUAAUUUUUUAUUGGAAGCUUUUACUGAUAACGAUAACAAUUAAAUGGAAAACGUGCUUAGGAACAAAAGCUAACAUUAUACUCAUAUUAACUGACGAUCAAGAUCUGUUACUGAAAUCUCUAGAAAAUUUACCAAAAGUUGAUAAUUUAUUAACAAAGGAAGGCGCAAUAUUUUCUAAUGCGUUCACUUCUUCCCCAAUAUGUUGUCCUUCAAGAGCAUCUAUUUUAAGCGGCUUAUAUGCUCAUAACACUCAAACGUAUAACAACUCUCAUGAUGGAGGUUGCUACUCAAAUCAUUGGAUCAAAAAUAUUGAACCAUUCACAUUUCCAGUGAAACUCAAAGAGGCUGGCUAUGAGACAUUUUUUGCGGGCAAAUAUCUCAACCAAUAUAAAUCCAAAGAAGUUCCUAUCGGAUAUGAUCAAUUUUUUGGUCUCCAUGGUAACAGCGUGUAUUAUAAUUACACGUUGAAUGAAAAUGGGAAGCUCAUCAAUUACAAAGACACUUCUGAAGAUUAUCUUACAAACGUAAUAAAAUCACGAUCGUUGAACUUCAUAAAAAAUCAAACCGGAGUGAAACCUUUUUUUGCUAUGUUAUCAGUGCCAUCAGCACACGCUCCAUUUACACCUGAAGCUAAAUAUAAGGAUUAUUUUAAAAAUAAAACCGCUCCGAACACUAAAAAUUUCAACAUUGGUGCAAAACCUUUUGAUAAACAUUGGUUGAUGACAAUGAAGCCUCAUGAGAUGGACGACUCUGUUCUUGCAACUAUUGAUGAAUAUUAUCGAAGAAGAUUAGAAACACUUCUCACUGUUGAUGAUCUGGUUGAAGAUAUUGUGAACCAACUCACUGAUCAAAUGAUGAUCGACAAUACUUAUAUAAUAUUGACAUCUGAUAAUGGAUAUCAUUUAGGGCAGUGGGCAAUGCCCUUUGAUAAAAGAUUACCUUAUGAAACUGAUAUCAGAGUGCCGUUAAUUGUUCGUGGACCACACAUUUCUCAAUCGAUAAUUAAUUCACCUGUACUGCUUAUUGACAUCGCUCCAACAAUAUUAAAUUGGGCAAAAGUGCCACUAAUUAUUGAAGAUUUUGAUGGAAAGCCUUUUGAUUAUCUCUUAACUCACUCGUAUGAUGGUAAAAUUGAGGAAAGACAAAUGCUAAUUGAAUAUUGGGGAGAAGGAAACCAAGAAACAUUUAAUCCUUCAUGUCCAUAUAAGAAAAGUCAACGUUUAAGUGGAUGUACAAUUGAAGCAGGCUGCAAGUGUGAAGAUUCAUGGAAUAAUACAUAUGCAUGUGCAAGACACAUUGCUCAAGAUAUCAAUUUUAUAUUUUGCAUGUUUGACGAUCACGAAAGUUUCCAAGAGGCUUAUGAUUUAAAUGAAGAUAUUUACCAAUUACAAAACAUCGGAUAUGACAUUUUGCCAUCUGUGCAAGCUAAAUACCAAAUAACUAUACAAAACUUGAAAGAAUGUAGAGAUAUUAUAAUGGAUCCAAAGAGUAUCGAAAAACUCGCAAAAGUUCUUCGUGAUCAAGGCGAUAAAUUAUUAACAUCCGAAUUUAAGUUUACAUUAACAGGCGAUCUACUACGCUCUUUAAAUGAUUCAUUUAGCUUAAUCAUCGAUGAAAGCGAGCUCGUCCCGCCAAUGACGUUUCAAGUGACAAAGCCAAACAACUCAAAGUCAAAUGUUUUUCGGGAUUUAAUACAAAUUUAUGACUUCAUUCAAAAAACAUUAAUUUUAAAGCUGACAAAAUUUCUAGAUGAGGAAGAUCUGUUGGAGGAUAAUUGCAUAAUCGAUAUUUCCAAAUUUCGUAGUCUUCUAACACUGGAAAUCCAAAGAGUACCAAUUGAGAGGAUUACAGGAUUGCAAGGACUUCGAUCACAGCUUCAAGAAAUUGUCGCUGAAAAAUGUUUAACUAAUAUCAAAGAUCUAAUAAUGUUCUGUGCUGGUGACAAGUCAUCUGGGUUCAUUUGGAAUUCUCUGAAACGUGCAGAUUUUUCCUAUAAUAAUCUUGAAAAGAUCGACAGCUCCUUCGAGUUUACUCCUUACCUUCAGCACUUAAAUCUUAGCCACAAUAAGAUUUUUCAAAUAUCAGCCCUAGUUUGGCUCCCAAAUCUUAAAUUUUUGAAUUUAUCAUUUAACAAUCUCACUUCAAUUCCAAAGCUUAAUGUUGAAUCAUAUCGAAGACUUCAAAGUUUAAUAAUAACAGAUAAUAUAAUUGAAGAUAUUUCGGGAUUAGCUCGUCUUGACGCUUUACUGGAACUCGAUUUAUCCGGAAAUUUUAUGCUGGAUCAUUCACUUUUACUACCAUUAUGCACUCUUAGUGCUUUACGUUAUCUAAACUUAACUGGCAACCCAUUAAGUUGUCAUCCGAAACAUCGUUCAGCUACAUGUCGUUUUCUGAGUAAAAACGCUGCAACUGUGCAAUUUCUACUUGAUGGAAGUUCUUUAUCCAAAUAUGAAAAAUCACUUACAGGAAGUUACGAAAAUUAUUAUCCAAUCUUUGGUCACAGAAUAUCGGUAUCAGCAUCAUCAACUGUCACAUCUCGUGCAAUACCGCCACAAACACCAUCAACAAAAAGUAUCAACAAUACUCCAGAAGGCAGUAGCUUGAGCUCCGUUAAUAGUUUAUUACUUAACAAUUCUUCAAAUGCUACGAUAUCCCAAGAAAAUCAAACGUUUUCUAAUCAAAAACGUAUGAAACCGCGUUGUGUUGUGAUAGAAGAAAGUGAUGCUAAGCAUGACAAGCAACUAGAAGAGAAGUCUCCAAAAGAUAAAAAAAUGUUGAAGGAAGCAAGUCAAGAACAUUUGGUAACGAAGAGAGAAAUCGAGCAGUUACGAGAACAAUAUGGAAGUGAAUGGCUGUUCAAUCAAGGUGCUGUUGUGGGUUUUGAAGAUCAAAAUGUGACAGCAAGGAAGAAACUUCUUUUAGGAGAUUUGCUUUCAACAUCUCCAGCAUUACGAAUGGAUGAAUCUUUUGAAAAAAGUGAUCCAACAGAUUCUUCAACUCCCUUAGAAGAAACAAUAAUUCCUUUUGAGGAAGCGACUGGAAACAAAAGUAUUGACGAUAGUGAAGGAAACAGCAUCUACACAUCAGCACUAGAUGAAACUUUUCCACAGGAACUUCCAGAAGAAGAAGAAGAAAAAAUUGUUCUGUCAGAACCAGAAGAUAAUGAAAUUAAGUUUAUUGUCAUUGAUGAAUUUUCUCAAGAUGAUUUAUUUUUAAUCAUUACUGAAACGAAUAUUAAAGAAAAAGAUGCAAUGAGUACAAGAACAAAUGCUAAAUGGGGAAUGUCAACUUUGGAAAGUGUGGAACGUCCGCGAUCUGAUUUAAUACGUUUGACAUUUGACACCAUUCGUAAAGAUAAACGAGAGCGACAAUAUCGAAUGGACUUGAAAUGUUGUCAAGAGCUUGAGAAAAUUUUAAGAGAUUUCUUAAGCUCACGACCGCUUUCAGAGAUGAAUCAAACAGUGUACAAAUGUCCAAAAUGCAACUCCCAAUUCAGUCGAGAAAUUGAUGAUCGAAAGAAACGUGAUUAUGAAAUUAAAUGUUCUUGUGGAAACAAAUAUGUAAUUGAAAUUCACAAGACAACAAAAUGUGAGACAAGCCCUCCAAAAACAUUCCUGUCAGGUAACUUUUUUUCGUCUACAACUUCAUCUACUGCACAAGGAACAAUACAGAAAACAGCAUCUUCAAUCAGCAUAGAGAAAAAAGGUGAUGCAGCAACAGGUGGUGGAAUCCCAAAAACAAGUCACUCAUUCAGUAGCAUUGAAAGUGCUUUCGACUCGAAUCAAUCUGUUGCCGGUAGUUCGGUGGAGGUUCUGAGCGAAUGUUCAUCUCAAAUGUCUCAAAUAUCACAAACUUCUCAAAGUUCUAUUGAAGUGCUUGACAGUAUUCAUGGAAGCCGAAAACCAUCAGAAGAACGGCGCAUAUUGCAGAAGCCUACACUCGACACCAUUAACGAUAAUGGACAGAAACAUGAUGAAAGUCCCUUAAAUGAAACUUUAACAUCUUCCACAGAAAUGAAAAACGAUUUGAAAUCAAAAACAUUAAUGAACUUAGCGAAUGUUAAUUUAACGGAAUCAAGUAGUUCUGGCUCGGUUUGUGAAUCAAUUGUAACAACAUAUGAGAAAGGAAAGCAGAGUGAGAAAUCUACAACGGAAGGUGACAAGCCAAAUGAAUCGAAACUCGAAGGAAUUUUUAAAUCGUCAAGUAUUUUGUUAUCAAAAACUCAAAGAAAGGAAAGUGAAUCUGAACCAAAUUUUCUUGCUAAUCCAAUCCAUUACAAUUACGAAGAUCUUUCGGUAGUUGAUCAUCGUGUUAAACUUUAUCUUUUCCAAAAUAUUCUCGAAGAAAAUGAUGAAAAACUUAUGUGGUUAGUGAAGACACUUGUGAUUGAAGAUGAUGCAGGAGCGAAUGGAAAACCUUUCUAUUCAUUAGUGAUCAUGUCAACAAAGAAAAUUUAUGUGCUCAAGAUUAUUGGAGAAGAAACUGAAGAUAUUGGAAGCUGGCUGAAAAAAGUUAUGUUUCAUUCAAUUGAUCGGAUCGAAACUAUCCACGAGAUUGUUGAUAAAUUAGGAAUUUCUUUUGUUUUCAAAUCAAAAGCGAAAAUUCACCUUUUGCUUCCUGAUCAACACGUCACCGAUCGUUUGACUAAACAUAUCACAACAUCAAGUAAGUUGAUCAAAAUCUUGAAAUUGAGACAACAUUUGCUGGAUCAUUCAUUGAGAAAUUAAAGAAAAUCACCAACCAACAUGAAAUUAAAACUUUAUCGAUAUUCAAUUCAUGUGCUACAUCUUUAACAUCAGCAACUGACUCUGAUUCAUCCGUGGAGAUUCCGAAAAAACGAAUUGAUUUUGGUACGAUGAUUGUGACAGCUGAAGCAAUUCAUUUGACAACAAGCUUUGCUUGGAUCGUAAGCAAUGUUCAUGAAAAAGCUUUUCAAAAUGAUAUUGUGCUGGUGCAACCAAUGACAAAUCUAGUGGAGUUGGAGAAUGUAACAAGAACAAGUUUCCAACUUAAUUUCAUGGAUGAAUUGGAAAAUACCAUCGAGAAGUGGCGUUUGGUUUUUGCAUCGUAUUCAAGAAUUGCUCAAACUCUUGAAACUAUGGAUACAAUUUGGAGAAAGAUUUUCUGUGUGCCUUUAUUCAAUGAUGAUCAGAUGUUAAGUUAGAUCACUUGUUUAUUUAUUUAUCCCGGUUCAUUUUUUUCUUUCAUAUUAGAGAACCAUGUUAUGAAAUACUUGUCCGUGUGUUGCUUAGGAUUAUUUUUCAUAUAGAUAUUUAAUAAUAAAAAACAUUCUAUCGUAAUAUAGUUAUAAUUUAUGAAAGUUAUUAGAAAUGCAAUAAAUAAAACAAAAAAAUCAUGAUUUCUUCUUAAAUUUAUCUACAU